ACUAGUCUGGACUUGUGGGCAGCAACAGUGAAGUACGAUCCAAAAGCAGUCCUAAUGGCAGCAGAGUGGAAUGCCUAUUACCAAAAUGAGGAUGAGGAGGAAGAGCGGGAGGAAGGAGAGCAAUCUGGAGGGGAUUACAAAAUCACAGGGAGAGACAGCUUGGUGUUCUUGGUUGAUGCCUCCAAGGAAAUGUUCAUCAAAGGAGAAGACGGGCAGCCCUCCAACUUUGACAUGACCAUGCAGGUCGUGCGCAGUGUGUACACCAGUAAGAUCAUUAGUAGUCACAGGGACCUGGUGGCUCUGGUUUUCUACGGCACAGAGCAAAGCAAAAACCCCAGGAACUCGUUCAAACAUGUCUACGUGUACCACGACCUCGACGAACCUGGUGCAAAGCGAGUGCAGGAUGUGGACGCUCUGCGGGGGGAAAAAGGUGCCCAGCACGCGGCAGAGACCAUGGGCACUGGAGAGACGUCAUUAGGUGACGCCCUGUGGUGCUGCGCCAACCUCUACAGUGACAUCAAGCUUCGCCUCUCUCACAAGAGGCUCAUGAUCUUCACCUGCAGGGACGAACCACAUGAGGGCAACAGUACGAAGGACCGGCAGGCUCGCACCAAGGCCAGUGACCUCAAGGAGACAGGUGUUGUCAUUGAUUUGAUGCACCUGAUGAAACCAGGCGGCUUCGAUGUCUCGCUCUUCUUUUGUGACAUUGUAAGUCCACCAGAGGAUGAGAGCGAGUUGGGGUUGCAGCUGGAGCCUUGUGACAAACUGGAGGACCUCACAAAGAGGGUGCGGGCCAAGGAGCAGAAGAAGAGAACCAUGGCCAGGUUAAACCUGUGUCUUGGUGAGGGCAUAAAUGUCGCAGUGGGAAUUUAUGCGACUGCUGUGACAGCCCGAAAACCUGGAGCCAUCAGACUUUACAGGGAAACCAACGAGCCAGUCCGCAGCAAAACCCGCACCUUCCACACCCAGACCGGCAGCCUGCUGCUGCCCAGUGAUAUAAAGAAAGCCCAAGUGUACGGUAAAAAGAAGAUAGUGAUGGAGAAAGACGAGGUGGACUCCAUCAAGAAGUUUGAUGAUCCUGGACUGUAUCUUAUUGGAUUCAAACCAAUGGAGAAGCUCAAACUGCACCACCAUAUCCGGCCUUCUGUCUUCCUCUAUCCUGAGGAGCAUGAGGUUAAAGGCAGUGCGUGUCUGUUCUCUGCCUUGUUGGCGAAGUGUAGUGAGAAGAACGUGUUCGCUCUGUGCCGUUGCAUCUCCCGCCGAAACUACCCACCUCGUUUCGUUGCCUUGGUGCCUCAGAAAGAGGAGGUGGAUGAGGGGAAAAUACAGAUUACACCACCAGGUUUCAAUGUCAUUUUCCUGCCAUAUGCUGACGACAUACGGACUUUGAAUCCUCCCCAGUGCCCGUUAGCUACACAAACACAGGUGAACAAGAUGAAGGAGAUCGUCACCAAACUCCGCUUCAAAUACAGGAGUGAUGCUUUUGAGAACCCAGUCAUCCAGCAGCAUUACAGGAACCUGGAGGCCUUGGCUCUGGAUAUGAUGGCUCCAGAAGAGAUAGAGGACCUCAUCAUGCCAAAGGUGAACCAGAUUGACCAUCGUCUGGGUCCUUUGGUCCAGGAGUUUACAGAUCUGGUCUACCCUGCCAGCUACAACCCAGACACCAAACCAGCUGCCAAACGCAAAACAGAUGCUGCAGGCGGAGCUGAGAAGAAGCCCAAAAUGGACGUGUCAGAAGACGAGAUAAAGGCCCACGUGCAGAAUGGCACCCUGGGAAAGUUGACCGUGCCCGUGCUGAAGGAGGCCUGUAAGCAGUUUGGGAUUCGGACCACUGGGACCAAGAAGCAGGAACUGAUAGAUGCUCUGAUUGCCCGCCUAGGCUCGUGAAGAGUUAAAUACCGGACCCUCUGUGCCUUCAUGAGCAGACAAACAGCUUUCAGAUCAGUAUGUCUGCUGUUAGGUUUGAUUUAACAUGUAGAAACGCCUCCAACAGCUUUUCACGUAUCAAGUUCUGGUUAGUCUGGUGAUCUAUUUUGUAAGUAGGUUUGACAUUUACUACCUGACCUGUGAGUUUUAGGACAGAGCUGUCACUGUGUUAGCAACAGAAAAAGCUUUCCUGUUCAGUGCUUCUCUGUGCUGAGUUCUUCAGUUCAUGUGUCCGUCCAAUAUUACAUAACUAAUGUUUGAAUUGGGAAAAUUUUCAGCUUGUGAUGACUGUUAAAAAAAAAAUAAAACUGGGU